UCCAAGCAGGUUCCAGUGCACGUUACAUCGCGCCGCCGUGCACAGUGGCGCAGAUGGUGGAGGAUUUCUAAAUAAAACUCCUGGAUGCGCGCAGUAGAUGAUGGCUUUCUGCACGACUGUCUCCAUCCAGCAUGAGCUCAGCGGCUGUGUGGUGAGGACACCGCAGCAUUGAAGAUGUUCUGUGCCAGGCUGAAGGAACUUCAGAUAUCUGGAGAGUGUCCUUUCUCCAAAAGCAACCAUCACCACCACCAGCAGCAGCAGCAGGAGGAGGGAGAAUGUGGGGAGAGCUCAGGCGACGCCACAGCGGGGUACUUGCCUGUUUCUAUGGACGUGCAAGGCAAAAGAGACGAUGAGGAUCCACCUCGACUGAGGAGCAGCAGCAGAGCCAAAGUUAACCUACAUACGUUGGGGGAGAGCAUCCGCAAACUGGCAUGUCCCGAGUUUCAGAGGCUGCACACCGCCCUCCAAAGAAUGACGAGACUCCCGGUUGAAACCAUGGAAUCUGAAAGCGCCGCAGUUUUUUGCACGGACUGUAGAGAUGAAACAGAGCAUUUAAUGGAGAUGAUGAACGCUCACUCGACCCAAACAGCAACCCCAAUGGAAGCCUUGAAAGUGUCUCUUGGUGAGGAGCUCUUCCGCAUGUGCUACGAGGAGGAUGGCCACAUUUUGAGGGUGGUUGGAGGAGCGCUCCACGACUUCCUCAAUAGUUUCAAUGUCCUCCUGAAGCAGAGCAAUGCUCCCAAAGCGGGCAGAGGGGAUUGUAUAAACGAAGCGUCGGUGCUGUGCUUAGACAAAGAUCCGGGUCUGCUUACCGUCUACUUCUUCAACCCUUGUCCCACCACUGAGCUCUUCUUCCCUGGGGUCAUCAAGGCAGCAGCCCGCCUGUUGUAUCACAUCACAGUGGAUGUGUUGAUGGACCCACCCACGGCCAAAGACAGCAUCCUGCAGUCCAACCCACAGCCCAGUCUUCUAUACACAGUGCUUGUUAAAGGGGAUAAAAACCUGAGCCCAAGUCCACUGAGAGCAACCUCAGCUGGGACCCUUCCUACCUCUCUGUUCUCCACCAUCUUUCCCUUCCAUCUCAUCCUGGACCAGGACUUGGUUCUGGUGCAAAUAGGUCACGGGCUCAGGAAGCGACUGACCAGGAAGGACGGUCUAAGGCGUCCUUCUACUUUCCAAGAACACUUCUCCAUCAUGUGCCCUCAGAUCAAAUGCACCUUUCAAGGUAUCCUUACCAUGCUCAACACCCAGUUUGUCAUUCGGAUCAAGCACGGGGUUUCCGGAGCAGACAGCACAGGCAAGCUGAUGGACCUUAAGGGCCAAAUGAUCUACGUUUCCGAAUCCAACGUGAUAUUGUUCUUGGGAUCGCCAUGUGUGGAUAAGCUGGAGGAGCUAACGGGUCGUGGCCUCUACCUGUCCGACAUCCCAAUUCAUAAUGCACUGCGUGACGUCGUCCUGGUGGGCGAGCAGGCUAAAGCACAAGACGGUCUGAAGAAACGUCUCGGGAAGGCCAAAGCAGCCUUGGAGCAGGCUCACCAGGCACUUGAGGAGGAGAAGAAGAAGACGGUAGACCUCCUCUUCUCCAUCUUCCCUGGCACUGUGGCGCAGCAGCUGUGGCAGGGCCAGACGGUACAGGCCAAAAAGUUUGAACGGGUCACCAUGCUGUUUUCCGACCUGGUGGGCUUCACCGCUGUUUGCUCGCUGUGUACGCCCAUGCAAGUGAUCACCAUGCUCAACGAGCUGUACACCAGGUUUGACCACCAAUGUGGGGAGCUUGAUGUUUACAAGGUGGAGACCAUCGGUGAUGCAUAUUGUGUAGCUGGUGGCUUACAUAAGGAGAGUGAGACUCAUGCUGUUCAGAUUGCACUCAUGGCCUUAAAUAUGAUGGAGCUUUCUGACGAAGUUAGAACACCAACUGGAGAACCAAUACAGAUGCGUAUUGGCCUCCACACUGGGUCGGUACUGGCUGGUGUAGUUGGGGUAAAGAUGCCACGUUAUUGCCUUUUUGGAAAUAACGUCACAUUGGCCAACAAGUUUGAGUCCUGCAGUCAACCUCGAAAAAUCAACAUCAGCCCGACAACGCACAGAUUGCUGAAGGAUCGUCCAGAGUUUGUCUUUAUUCCCAGGAGCAGGCAGGAGCUUCCGGCCAACUUCCCAGAGGACAUCCCUGGUGUUUGUUACUUUUUAGAGGCUUCCUUCAAAACCUAACAACUGGCUCGGAUAUGAAGUCCAGCUGCUGCAGAGCUCACGACCAUGAACUCUCUAUCAAUAUCGUCAAAACAGUGCUUCUAUAUUGGAGUUGUUCAGAUAUUGAUGAUGUUGCUAAGUGUCCAUCACUCCUGCAGUUAUUUGAAAAAUACAGUUAUGCUGCAUCACAGGCAACUGGGAAGUCAGAAAUUUCAGAAGUCAGACUAAGAAACGUGCAUUGGAAUGUUUGAAGAACAACAGUGCCCCUAGAGAGUUACUGGAGGACAGUAGCCUCUUUCCUAUAUCACAUUGCUGCAUCAGUCAUAAUUGAAGAUCCAGCAUUUAUUUUUUCUGUGCCUUUCACACAGAACCCAGUGUAACUGCGUGUGCUUUGACACAGUGACACCAUUUGAUUGACAACAUCAAAGUCAACUUCUGAUAUGAUUCAAACAAUACUUGUUCGACAGCAAUACUUGCUUUCAACACAACAGCAUGGGAGAAGUCAGUAUUGAGUAACAUUAUUUACAGUAUUCAAAAUUUACACAGGCUUUGCCCAGAGCCUGUUACUACCUCAGAAUAUUGGUAGAGAUAUAGAAAACUGUCUAUUAAAAAACAAAGCAAAAAGUAGCUGGAUGUCUUUUCUUAUCUUGGUCGUCAGCCAGGUUUUUUGUUUACAUUCAAUUGGCACUUUGUCAUCAGAUCUUGCUGCAUGUGACACAUUGUAUUUCUGACUUCCCACCAGUCUCAAAUGCAGCAUCAUUAUCAAUCCGAGCAAGCUAGCGUUGUAUCCGUUGCAUCCUCAAGACCAAUAGGGACCAGCAAAGAAAUAGUUACCUUUUUGUACUUAACUUUACUCAUUCAUUCUACCAAUUCCACUGAUCUAGCACCAUUUUUCCAAAGCAGUCUGCAGUUUGUUUGCAAUGUGGGCAUAAAAUGACAUUGUGAUUAUAAAUGUAACAAACAAGUUUCCGAAGUUACCUGUUACCGAAGACCUAAAGCUGAAGAAAGCUUUGAGUAGACACAGCACCUUUUUGCAAUGCUUAGAUUGGACACUCCAGUGCUAGCUUUCUCAGAUUCUAUUUAACUGUACCACAAAUAUAAACGCUUUUGUUUUUGUUCCCAUCUUUGAUGAGCUGAACUCUGAUUUAAAACUUUUUCUAUGUACACAAGGCCCAUUUCUCUCAAAUAUUGCACACAGAUCUGUCUAAAUCUGUGUUAGUAAGCGCUUCUCCUUUGCAGAGCGAACCCAUACACCUCACAGGUGUGGCAUAUCACGAUCCUGAAGAUCGGAUCGGCACAUGCCUAGUGAACACCAUUUGCCUAAAACAGUGCAACACUUCUUUACAUAGAGUUGAUCAGGUUGUUGGUUGUGGUCUGUGGAAUGUUGGUCCACACCUCCUCAAUGGCAGUGUAACGUUGCUGGAUACUGGAACUGCAACACACGUCAUAUUCACCGAUCCACAGCAUAUGAAAUAUGCUCAAUGGGUGACAUGUCUGGUGAGUAUGCAGACCAUGUAAGUACUGGUGCUGGAGUUAUGUACAGAGCUUUUCAACAUGGGGCCGUGCAUUAUCAUGGUGCAACAUGAGGUGAUUGUCCUCAGGAUCUUGUCACGGUAUCUCUCUGCAUGCAAAUAGCCCUCAAUAAAAUGCACCCGUGUUAGUUGUUCAUAAUAUGAACAUGACCAUACCAUAACCCCACUGCCGCCAUGGGUCACUCAAUCCGACAUCAGCAAAUCGGUCAUCCGCAUGAUGCCAUAGAAGUUGUUGUUGAACUGUAGUCAAGUGGAGCUGAAGAUACCUUUGUGCAAUAAUCAUGCUGUCUAAUCAGCAUCUUGAUAUGCUACACCUGUGAAAUGGAUGGAUUAUCUUGGCAAAGCAGAAGCACUCGCUAACACAGAUUUACGCAGAUGUGAGAACAAUAUUUGAAGAAAAUAGUUCUUUUGUGUCCAUGGAAAAAAAAUGUUGAGUUCAGCUCAAGAGCAAAAUGGGAGCAAAAGCAAAAGUGCCACAUUUAUAUUUUUGUUACGUGUAUAAAGAUGUCACUUUAUGAUCAGACUUAAAUGUUGUGCUAUUUUACAUCUGUACAAACACUCACUCCACAAUGAGUUAUAGAAUAUUCAUUUUGAGGUCUCAUUUAAGGUAUUAAUUUUCUUCGGAAGAUCUUAAGACUGUUUUGUCAUCAUAUUUUAAUAAGAGGAUUGCAAUACACACAAAAAAUAAAUGUUGCUAACAUGAACUAUUAACUAUUAAAAACAUUUUCUAUUUUGUUUAUUUUUUUUUUGAUUUUUUGUUUUUUUUGGCCGAACCAAUGAUAAAAUGAGCAAUUUGUUCUAGAUUUUUUUUUUUUUUUUUGUGGAUAUUAGAAAGACAUUUCUCCCGUCUCUCUGCUUGCACCUUGACGUGAUUGGCAAAAGUCUACAAAAUCAAUGAAUUUGCUCCGUGUAUUGGUGAUUUUGGAAAAAAGUGUAAAAUAUGGGGGGUUUAUUUUUAAUUUACAAUUUUAUGCAGUAUUCUGAUCUAAUAUUCACAGAGUUGACUCAGGUGCCUUAUGGAAGCAGUACGGCACAUUUAGUGUAAAAGGUUUUAUGACUUUUGGUUUUCUUCACAUGAAUGCAACCAGAAAUUCUUCCAACAAAGUAUAUAUUUGAAGUACUUUUCCCAUAAUGGAGCCUAUACAUUCCAGUUUCCUAGUGAAGUAUUUUUACUGUUUUCACUGUACACAUUUAUACUCUAUAUAUUACAUUGUUUUCAUAGCACAAACAGCUUAAAACACAAGAAUCCAAUGAAUGUCCUAUCACUCAUAAGGAUGUGCGUUUAUUGUUAUUGUAAUGUAAACAAGAGUGCAAUAAAUAAACUGACUUAUGUGACUGUGAUUCCAGAGCAUAUACAGAACAUUUUGUACCACAAAUGACAACAAGAGAUGAAACAAAA